GAUAUAAAGGAUCGCUGGAGAGAGGCAGCAGCAGUAAACCAUUGGAAGGUGACCGCAGCUCAUCCAAUAUGAUCUCUGUUGUGAGUGGCCGGUAUCAGAGCUGCUGCAGUGCCUCUCUAACGAAGAAAAUGCAAAAAGUAAAUGGCACUGAAUAGCCAAGGAGGAAUCAAUUUUUCAACGCGAUCGUAACCUCAUUUUCUUUCCUACAGGUGAUUAAAAUUUGCCUGCUGGCGGCCGCCUGCGUUGCUCUUCCAGGCGGCAGUGGCGGCGGCUCUAGUGGUGGCUAUGGAGGGGGCGGCGGCGGUGGUGGCUUUGGAGGAGGCCAUGGAGGUGGCGGCAGUGGUGGCUUUGGAGGCGGCGGCGGUGGUGGCUUUGGAGGCGGCCAUGGAGGUGGCGGCGGUAGCGGGGGUGGUUAUGGGGGCGGAGUGGCUGUACCAAUUCCCUACAACUUCGAUUACGGCGUCUCAGCGGGUAACACAAACUUCGGCCACAGCGAGAGCGGGGACGGCCGCGGCAGCGCUCAUGGGGGCUACUGGGUCAACCUUCCCGACGGUCGGGUGCAGAACGUCAACUACUGGGCUGAUGGCAGCGGCUACCACCCUGUAGUGACGUAUCAGGGGACCGCCGUCUUUCCUAGCAGCAAAGGUGGCGGCUACUACUGAAGCGGACUUAAUUUCUCUACUUCCUGAGUUGGACUGUUGGAAAUUGACAUUAAAUACUCUGGGACACAAGCUUCAACUCUCAUAAAUAAAGAACUGUAGGCAAGGAUCUUGUGUUAUUUCCAAUUCA